UUUACCGAAGAUGCUGAGCUUGCAAGAGGACGAGUUUUGUGAAGAUUUUUCGAAUAGACGAAGGGUUUAACAAGUAAAUCAUGUUUUAUGAAUAAAAUAUAUAUCGUGUGCCAACUCCAGACAGUGGACACUAGGUUAAAUGUUAUGAAUACAAGUGCAAUUUCGGGUGGAGUUCUGUGCUGAUGUAUGAAACGAAGUCUCUUGGUGUUUUGGAACUUGUUGACGGUCACCCUCGCUGUGGCAUGCUCCUCAUUUGACACACAAACCAGUGUAAUCUCCAAGCAUGUCGGGCAUGGCUGCUAGCGGCGCGGCCUCCGCCAGCACGUCCGCGCUGGGCGGGCUCGGGGGCUCGCUCGAAGAUAAGGACUGCGACCUCCUGUGCCCGGUGUGCUUCGACCUGAUCGAGGAGGCGUACGUGACGCGCUGCGGCCACUCGUUCUGCUACGGCUGCAUCGCCAAGUCCGUGGAGCUGCACCGCCGCUGCCCCAAGUGCGGCGCCGCGCUCGCCUCCAGGGAUCACAUCUUCCCCAAUUUCCUGCUGAACGAGCUGGUGGCUAAGCGGAGACUGGCGAGGGCGAGGCCCAACACGCCCGGCUCCAGUGCGAGCCAGACCAUCGCCGACGCGGAGCGUCUCCGAGUUCUGGUGGCGGCGGAGUCCCGCCACCUCGGCAUGCCCGACGUGGAGCGCAUGCUGGACGUCCUGCAGCGGCGGAAACGGUUGCUGGAGGCCGAGUCGGCCGCGGCCCACCAUCGGCUGCUGUACGAGUUCCUCAAGCAGCUGCACAAACAUAGGUCACACCAGCUUGAGCAGCUGGCGAGGGAAGCUCAACUCGUGAGGAAGGACAUGGAUCAUGUUUGUGAGGUUCUCCGCGAUCUGAGCGCGGGGGCCGCCUCGCUGGGCCGGCUGCCCACGGCCGAAGACGAGGAGGCGCUCCACGGCGAGCUGCACGCGCUGGCGGGCGGCGGCAGGGAUAAAGCGUCCCCCGCAGAGAGCCCGGCGGAGGAGGAGAGCUUCGCGCGCCACGCGGGCGGCGGCGACGCGCUGGCGGCGCGCUGGCGGCGCCUCACCGCGCACUUCGACGACUUCGUGCAGUGUUACUUCGCCCACCGCGCGGACGAGCUGUACUUCCCCGGGUCGGUGAGCCCCGCGGCGGCGGAGAGUCCCCCCGCGGCCCCCGCGCCCCCCGCCGCGCCCCCCGCGGCCCCCGCCACCCCCGCGCCCGCCGCCAGCGACGACCACGUGCCGCAGGCGCCCAGCCUGCUGCCGCCGCAGGCGCAGGGCGACCAGACCGCGCCCGACACGCAUAUUGGCCCGUCCAGCAUGUGCGCGGAGCCGGGCCCGGAGCCCGGCGCCCGCAGCAGCGUGGGGGGCGCGCGCGGGCUGGACGCCUUCCGCGAGGACCUGGCCGCCUUCACGCGGUACCGCGCGCUGCGGCCGCUCGCCACGCUGUCGUACUGCAGCGACGCCAUCAACUACUCCACCAUCGUGUCCACCAUCGAGUUCGACAAGGACGAGGAGUUCUUCGCGAUCGCGGGCGUCACCAAGCGGAUCAAGGUGUUCGAGUUCGAGGCCGUGGUGCGCGACGCGGUGGACGUGCACUACCCGUGCGCCGAGAUGCAGUGCUCGCACAAGGUGUCGUGCGUGUCCUGGAACGCCUACCACAAGAACGUGCUGGCGUCCUCGGACUACGAGGGCACGGUGGCCGUGUGGGACGCGGGCACGGGGCAGCAGACGCGCGCGCUGCAGGAGCACGACAAGCGCUGCUGGAGCGUGCACUUCAACCGCGCGGACGUCCGCGUGCUGGCCUCGGGCUCCGACGACGCGCGCGUCAAGCUGUGGGCGCUGAACGCCGAGCGCUCCGUGGCCACGCUGGAGGCCAAGUUCAACGUGUGCUGCGUGCGCUUCAACCCGCGCUCGUCGUGCCACCUGGCCUUCGGCUCGGCCGACCACUGCGUGCACUACUACGACCUGCGCGCCACGCGCGCGCCGCUGGCCGUGUUCCGCGACCACAGGAAGGCGGUGUCCUACGUCAAGUUCCUCGACUCCAAGACGCUGGUGUCGGCGUCCACCGACUCGCAGCUCAAGCUCUGGAGCGUCGAUUCGCCCAGGUGCGUCAGGUCGUUCACGGGCCACGCCAACGAGAAGAACUUCGUGGGGCUCGCCACGGACGGCAAGUACGUCGCGUGCGGCUCGGAGAACAACGCGCUGUACGUGUACUACGCGGGCCUCUCGCGGCCGCUGCUGGCGUACCGGUUCGACGCGGUGCGCGGGUUCCUGGAGCGGGAGCGGCGCGACGAGGAGCCCUCGGAGUUCGUGUCGGCGGUGUGCUGGCGGCGCGCGGCCGACGCGCGCGUGCUGCUGGCCGCCAACAGCCAGGGCACCAUCAAGGUGCUGGAGCUGGUGUAGCCGGGACUUGUUCACUGAAACCAUUCCAGUUUGACAAAACUGUUUCAUACAAGUCAUUGUGGACGUGUUAUUUGUACAAUCACUUACUGCCAUGCCGCUUAUGUCCAGUCGCUGGCGAGAAACUUGACCGAUUACUAUGAAGCAAAUUCAUGAGGUCAAGUUACUCUGCAGAACUGCAGGCGACUCGUGGCUCGACCGUGAAUAUAAUUCGAUCAUGAUUGAAUAUAUAUAUAUGACUUGUUGAUUAAACUAUUUUAAGUUUAAUGAAUAUAAUAUGAGUGUAGAUAAGUAACAGUGUUUUAUAAAGGGUACUUCCCAAAAUUUUAAAAGCAUAUUAUCUUUUAAUAAACACUAAUAGUACCUAUGUGAGAAAUAAUAUUGUUUAUAAGAAUUAUUUUGUGUACAUACGCACGUAGUUCAGCAAUUUUAUUUACUUUUUGAAUAACGGUUUAUGAUUUUAUCCUAGAAUUCAAGAAGAGCAAUAAAUCGUUAUAUCUACAGCAAUGAAGUACUGCAAAAAAUCUAAUUGAAAUUUUGAGCGGUUUAUAAAUUAGGCACCUAGUCAGUUAUAACUAACACAUGUAUGUAGAGAGAUACACGUUGAACCCAAAAAGUUAGGUGGACGCCGGGCUCUCCCCAGGGGACUCUACAUGGAACACUAUGAUCAAAAUGAGUAAAAGAAAAAAUAAAAUUACUAGAUAUUAAUUUACAAUGUGUAAUACACUACCCGAUUCUAAAAAUGCAUAUACCAAGCUGAGUGACAUGUAAAAAUAAUGAGAAAAUAAAGUUAAAGAAACAUUAUUUCCCCAAAGUUUAGCAGAUGUAAAGAAUGUGGCAAUACUCGUCUAACGACUCAGUCUAAAAACCGCCUCUUUGUAAGUGUUGCCAUAUUUGCUUAAGUUCUAAGCAAAACUUAAUAGGUAUAAUUUUUAUACAGUCUCUGGCGAGAACCCGAUAACUAGGACUUACACAAGCUGACCUUCUAUUGUAAAUCUUUAGUAACUUUCGUUAGAAAAUAAUUUUAAAUGUACAUUAAAAUUUUAAUGGUAGUAUAAGAACCUUUUAGAAUCCACGUGGUGCCCCGAGCCAGCUGUGACGUAGUGCGUGCUCGGCGGGCUGGAACGGGUCAGUUUUGCAGAAUGACAUUUUUCUUAAUGCACUUUGUCAUUUCAUAUUUUUCGGUUUACCUCUAAAGAUCGUCGCUUAGCAUGACCUUAAGAUAUGUUUAUUUAUAUCUUAAGAUAUGGAUCAGUGGGGUAAAAACCGGGUACAGUUUUCGUUAUUGAAUUGCACGUACUGAGUGAUUGCGCUAGUUUGACUUGUGGAAUUUAUUAUUGUUAACAUUUCCUCGUCUUUGUCCCUUACGGUGUAAACUGAGCCGACAGUCUUGAGAAGACUGAGAAGUCAUGUUCCGAUGGAUGUAAACAUUUUGUUUUCAAUAAUGAUAAGUCUAUAAUCUUUACCCUAACUCUCUCAUCUCUGCGUGCUGUUGCACCCUCCACAGAAGUGUUUCGGGGCCUAAUUAUUGACCUGACAUCAUUUCAAAACAAAAAUGACCUUAUGCGCAAGCGCUCACAUGUAGGUGUGCUGUAUUUAGGACAAAUCUUCAUUCACAAGCGAUCGAAUAUGACGAACUGCGCCACAACCUCCCAGCUGACACUGCCCCGCUGUGAUGUCGCCUGUCCUCUGUGUGUCAACUAGUGAUAUUAGAGUAUUUGUCGGUAUAACUAACUUCUGUCUCUUGUACAACGUUUAUAGAAUAUGAGGUACUGUUUCAAGGUCAUUUUUAUUUUACUUGUCACCAUAGACAUACAUAUAGCUAGACGCGGCGGCAUCUUUACGCUACGAGCCAAUAAAUAUUGCAAUCUUAUUGUGAUCGUGGUAAGCAGAGAGAUGUGAUCUCUGCCGACCCCUUCGGGGAAGAGGUGUCCAGUCAACGACAGAAAAACCUGUCCUAUUUAUGAUUUCGGUGUAUAGGAACCUCUAUCUGUCUUAUUAUGAACAGAACCUGUGAGACUUUUGGGCCACAAAAAUGUUUCUUAUUGCGAUACACUUAAUAAUCGUAACCUCUUUUUUUUUAAACAUUGGUUGACGUCGAAUAAAGGACUUAAAGCUAUGUUUGGUGACGCUUCCAAAGCAUCACUGCAAGAGAAUCGUUAACAAACCGUACUGCAGCAUUUUCAACAACGUCAACUUCACAAUAAUCCAAACUUAGAAUAAGGAAUGUGGACGAGAGAAUACAUUAAAAUUAUGAAUACCUCCUAUGAUACCACGAUGUAUCGUAUCUCACCCGCGGUCUAGCUAUGGGUAUGUCUGUGUAUAAAACCAUUGUAAAUACGCAGGGUAGUUUAGAUCGUGGCAGUCCGCUACUAUUUGUGUAUAUAAGAGUUUAAGUCGUUUAUUCAUUCGGCAACGAUUGAGGUUAUUGCAAGACAAAUAAAUACCCCAAUUCGAUUUGAUUCGAUUUAAUUACUUAAAUCGAAUUGGGUUCGAAUCCCAGCCAGGGCAUGAUGAGAAACGAACGUGGGGGAUUUCAAGCAAAUGUUGAUAGGAAUAUGCCAUAUCUUCUCUCUCCGGCUCUAAAGUUGAAUUAAACUGAAUGAAUGAAUGAAAGAAAUUAAAAAUUAUUGGGUUGCCGAAUGAAUCAACGCGGUCUUAGAGUCUGUGGCCUUCCUCCUUGUGCCAAGUCAGCUCGGUGUGGCGACUCGCCGACUUCCUGCAGGCCGGGGAACACUAACAGUGUUUGAAAAAUUUCCAUAAAUAUGUCACAGUAAUAAAAUACUAAUUGUUAAAAAAUUACUAGUUAUAGAAAAGGUUGGUCGAAUUAAAUACUUAGGUAUCCCUGAAAUAUUUUCAGUGAUUAUACACAUAUGAAAUAUUUUCAGUGAUUAUACACAUAGUAGUCAACAUAUACGUUAUAAAAAUGCGUAUAUUAGAACAGUCUAGUCGCGUCGCUACACCGAGAGUAGUUGUAAGCAAACCGUCGCUCUUGUGAUAUGUGUGUUGUUGUCUAGAACAGUCGGGCGAGGCCGCUGUGAAUGAAUUCUAUUUAAUCUAUCGUUGAUUAAAAUAUUAAACUUACUGUAUAUUUUAAUCAACGAUAGAUACUUUUAACGGCAUGUUUGUGCGAGCUGAGUAGGUUUCCGUAUGUUUUUAAUGUGCAAUAAAGACUUAACAAAUAAAAAAAGCAAAGGUAAAAAAAAGUAUGGAAAUUGGAUAACCAGCUGAUCUGUCUUACGUCUGUUUCGUCUUCAAACAUUCUGUAAAAAUUCCCUAAACUUUAUAACAAAAUUUUCCUUAAGUAUAAAUAUUAGAGGGUCCCCCUACCUUUGGCAAAUCAGUUGUACACAUCAACCUGAAAAUAAUGAAGGGACCCUAGCGAGUGAUGCGUUGUAGUCUGCCUGCACUCCGAGCAAGACUCGUUACUAUCCUACUACUAUUAUAAAGGCGAAAGUUUGUAUGGAUGUAUGGAUGUUUGUUACUCUUUCACGCAAAAACUACUGAACCGAUUACCAUGAAAUUUGGUAUGUAGGUAGCUGAAGACCCAGAAUAACACAUAGGCUACUUUUUAUCCCAGAGUUCCCGCGGGAUUGAUAGGGUUUCCAUGCGGACGAAGUCGCGGGCGGCCUCUAGUAUUAUAUAAUGUCCGAUGUACGUACCUUCGCCGCAAUAACAGCUCGUUCACAGUGGUCCUCUGCUACUAUCUUUUUGUUAUUGCUAGAUAAUCGAAUAGCCUUCUUCAAAUAUGUUGUAACAUGUAACUAUGUAAGUGUUAAAUCCCUGAGAGAAUUGUAAAGUGACAUAGCAUAUGUUAGCGGCGAGGACCGCAGUAAAGACUUAUCAAAUCCUAA